UGUAUUGUUUCCUCACACAUUCCCUCCCACUGACCUGGCCCAGGACACUACUCUUGGACAGGGAAUGGUGACAGGCCAGCUCGGUCCCAGAGGAGAGGCAGCAGCUCAACCAGGAGCCCCAAGGGAGCACAGAGCAAUGGCAGUUGGAAGGAAAGGCCGGUACGACCUGUGGAAGACCUCUCUGGACAGCACGUCCCAAUUAAUGGAUUCUGACAUGGAUUAUGAAAGGCCAAACGUAGAGACCAUCAAGUGCGUUGUGGUGGGGGACAACGCCGUGGGCAAGACCAGGCUCAUCCGUGCCCGGGCCUGCAAUGCGACCCUCACCCAGUACCAGCUGCUUGCCACCCACGUGCCCACAGUUUGGGCCAUCGACCAGUAUCGGGUGUGCCAGGAGGUGCUGGAACGCUCCCGAGACGUGGUAGAUGACGUCAGCGUCUCCCUUCGCCUCUGGGACACCUUUGGAGACCACCACAAAGACCGUCGCUUUGCUUAUGGGAGAUCCGAUGUGGUGGUUCUUUGCUUCUCCAUUGCCAACCCCAAUUCCCUCCACCAUGUCAAGACCAUGUGGUACCCAGAAAUCAAGCACUUCUGCCCCCGAGCACCUGUCAUCUUGGUGGGCUGCCAGCUGGACCUGCGCUACGCGGACCUGGAGGCUGUCAAUAGGGCCAGGCGACCCUUGGCUAGGCCCAUCAAGCCCAAUGAGAUCCUUCCUCCGGAAAAGGGUCGGGAGGUGGCCAAGGAGCUGGGCAUCCCUUACUAUGAGACCAGUGUGGUGGCCAAGUUCGGCAUCAAGGACGUCUUUGACAACGCCAUCCGGGCGGCGCUCAUCUCCCGCCGGCACCUGCAGUUCUGGAAGUCCCACCUCCGCAAUGUGCAGCGGCCUCUGCUGCAGGCGCCCUUCCUGCCUCCUAAGCCACCUCCUCCCAUCAUCGUGGUGCCCGACCCCCCCUCCAGCAGUGAGGAGUGCCCCGCCCACCUCCUGGAGGACCCGCUGUGCGCGGAUGUCAUCCUGGUGCUGCAGGAGCGGGUGCGCAUCUUUGCCCACAAGAUCUACCUCUCCACCUCCUCCUCCAAGUUCUACGACCUGUUCCUCAUGGACCUGAGUGAGGGGGAGCUGGGGGGCCCCUCGGGGCCAGGGGGCCCCCGCCCAGAGGACCACCGGGGUCACCCUGAUCAACACCACCACCAUCACCACCACCACCACCACCAUGGCCGGGACUUCCUGCUUCGGGCAGCCAGCUUUGAUGUGUGUGAGAGCGUGGAGGAGGGUGGGGGAUCUGGUCCUGCUGGGCUUCGGGCCUCAACCAGCGACGGGAUCUUACGGGGCAACGGAACAGGGUACCUGCCGGGGAGGGGUCGAGUGCUGUCUUCCUGGAGCCGAGCUUUUGUGAGCAUCCAGGAAGAGAUGGCAGAAGAUCCACUGACCUACAAAUCCCGGCUGAUGGUGGUGGUAAAAAUGGACAACUCCAUCCAGCCGGGGCCCUUCCGGGCCGUUCUCAAGUACCUGUACACAGGGGAGCUGGAUGAGAAGGAGCGGGACCUCAUGCACAUUGCCCACAUUGCUGAGCUGCUCGAGGUCUUUGAUCUGCGCAUGAUGGUGGCCAACAUUCUCAACAAUGAGGCCUUUAUGAACCAGGAGAUCACCAAGGCCUUCCACGUCCGCCGGACGAACCGGGUUAAGGAGUGCUUGGCAAAAGGCACCUUCUCAGAUGUGACCUUCAUCCUGGAUGAUGGCACCAUCAGUGCCCACAAGCCCCUGUUGAUUUCCAGCUGUGACUGGAUGGCGGCCAUGUUUGGGGGACCGUUUGUGGAGAGUUCUACCAGGGAGGUUGUGUUUCCUUACACAAGCAAGAGCUGCAUGAGGGCGGUGCUGGAGUACCUCUACACGGGCAUGUUCACCUCCAGCCCCGACCUGGAUGACAUGAAGCUCAUCAUCCUGGCCAACCGCCUCUGCCUGCCGCACUUGGUUGCCCUCACCGAGCAGUACACAGUGACUGGGCUGAUGGAAGCAACUCAGAUGAUGGUGGACAUUGACGGGGAUGUCCUUGUGUUCCUGGAGCUGGCUCAGUUCCACUGUGCGUACCAGUUGGCGGACUGGUGUCUCCACCACAUCUGCACCAACUACAACAACGUAUGCCGGAAGUUCCCCCGAGACAUGAAGGCCAUGUCCCCAGAAAACCAGGAGUAUUUUGAGAAGCACCGGUGGCCGCCCGUCUGGUACCUGAAGGAGGAAGAUCACUACCAGAGGGCGCGGAAGGAGCGGGAGAAGGAGGACUAUCUGCACCUGAAGCGGCAACCCAAGCGGCGGUGGCUGUUCUGGAACAGUCCUUCCUCGCCAUCCUCGUCGGCGGCCUCCUCGUCGUCCCCGUCUUCCUCCUCGGCCGUGGUCUGAGAUGCUGCCACCCUCUUCUGACCCUGCUGCUGUCGUCCCUACUUGCCCUUGCCCCUCUGCUCUUCUGCAUCGCCCCCUCCACCCUCCAGGGACAAGGGGACCCACAUAACCAGGACCCUGAGGGCGGAGCUGUUCUCACCAGCCAACACAGCGCAGCAAGAGAGGACGGGCCUUGUGGAUCAGGACAGGGACUCCCUGCACAGGUCCCCAACCCAAAGCAGGGCAGGUGACAGCAGCUGGGAGGUGGGGAGCAGGGAAAGAGCUGAGAGUUCUGGCAUCUUGUCUCUGGGUUGGAGAACCCUAGAGUCGAAGGGAAAACUCUCCCAGCCAUGAGGCUGAGUGUCUUGGUCUGUGGAGGCGGCCUCCUCCCACUGAGCCACGGUGUGCACGCAGGGAAGGUCCUGUCCCUAUUGCCACUGAUUUUCCACUGAUGGACUUGAUGGUUGCAAAUGUUUUGUGGGCAUUUCCAUACGGAGUCUACUCAGAUCCUCACUGGAGAAGUCAGGGUAGAAAUUAAGCCUUCAGAGCCCAACUCAAGGCUUCCACAUCCUGGGCUGUAGCUCCCAGAUGCCACAAGCGGGAGGCUUGCACGCUGCCAGCCUCCCUCCCAGGGCUGUCGGCAGCCAGGCCUGGUACAGGGUGGCGGAGGUGGUUGGGAGCUCUGGCCUAUCAGGAGUGCCUCCUGGUGCCAUGAGGAAGUUCUCCCUCCUCCCUCCUUCACCGCUCAGAUGUGGAGAUGGGUACCAAAGGAGGCAGCCGGAACGGGGGAGAGAGAAGAAGGGGUGAGGGGGUCUGGGCACAGCAAUCCCAUGCUCCUCUGGGCUCUUCCCCUCGCCUCUGGUUAGCACGGCUUCUUAUGGAGUGGGGUAAAACUAGCAAAAAACCCUAAACAACGACAAACAAUCACCACCAAUGAAAACACUCUAGCCUCUAUUCCCUCGAAGAAAGGAAAACAGAAGACCCUGUAUAGCUUACAUCUUUAUAAAGCUAAAGAGGAGACCCGUGUUGAUGAGAUAAAGGUUUAGGUUGUAGAAUUGAUUCCAGUGCCUGUCAGGAAAGAACCUGUCACCUGCUGUGGCUGAGGAUGCCCUGGCCCUGCUGGCUGGCUCUGCGGGGCAGCACCCAUCCCAUGCCUUCAGCAUGAAGGAUUGAGGUUUCAGGGGGCAGGGAAGGGGUGGUCUCAGGGCUCCAACAUGGCAUUGGACCCUUGUUUUUGCCCAUGAUGAGAAACAGAUUAUCCUCUUCACCUUCAGAGGGUGACUCCACAGGAUGUGAAUGUGUUGGGGGUGGGGGGUUGGGGUAGGAGUCAAAGGUCAGGUAAAAGGGCACUGACUUGGAGACUAGGAGUCCCUGUAAUGAAGGAUCACAGGGCAUGACUUUCCUUAGUGCUGGUUUAGGAUAGGUAAAAGGGAAAGAGAAAAAGGGAGACUAAAGCAGGAGCAAAACCAAGAUCAGCUUGUGGGGAAAAGCUGGGCCAUGCCGACCCUUCCUGUUUUCUAGCCCUGCUCCAUAUUGCUCCCCCACACCCUUCUUAGACUGGGAAGAGUCUCUCUGAUAAGGGGUGGAGCCAGCGAGACAGCUCCUGGGCUCACCUCACCUCAGAAAGAUGCUUUAAGAAGAGGGUCUGGCUUUAGGUCCCACGGCCCUGGGAUGGGCUCCACCACUAAGAGUCUGGCUUUAGGUUUGGGAUAGAGCAAACCCAGAAACAGAGGAAACCUGUGCAACAUUUUUGUGGUGCCAAGACUUAGAGGUUUGACGUCACGUCUUUGUCAAGAGGAGGAGCAGGAGGUGGCAGGUCUAGAGUGACUAUGACCACUGUUGUCCGAGCCCCAGACUUCUCCAAGGCUAUGGCUGCCUCCCCUCCAAGUCCUCCUGCAGGGUGGCUGGCUGGGAAGCCAGACGUGUGCUGCCCUCUACUGACUGGUCAGCCUCCCUUUCACUGAGCCUGCAGGCUGUAGCUUCUGGGUGAAGCUGAGGAGCCAAUGGGCAGGGGCAGGAGGCUGAGGACCCGAGGGGAGGACCCAAGGGGAAGACUGCUCUGGGAAGAGGGACAGGGGUGGGGCCAUGGGGCCUCCCAGGAACUCUGGGUAAGAGGGAGAGCCGAGGCCUAAAGAGCAAAAGGAGGGGAAAUGGGUCUCCAGGAGCUUGCAGGGCUGAGCCAUCUGACCCACUGAUGAGAAUGCAGUGGGGAGAGAAAGUGAAGGUGGCCCAGGAGGUGCAGGAAGCCCACAGGAGAGGGGCCACAGAAUGACCCCAGCAACUAGGGUGGACUCACCCCUCAGGGACCCACCACCCCCUUCCCAAAUGCUGUGUCAGAGCCAGCCUGCACCACACUGGAGCCCAGCAGGCCCAGGUGCAACCCAGAGACACCACCUGGGGAGGCUGUGGGGGAGCCAGGCCAAGACUAGUGUCCCUCUCCCAGGGGGAAGGGCAGGGAGGUGAAGGAGGGGCAAGGUGCUGAAUUCCAGUUCCUCAGGAACCUGGCACUUGGAGAUCCAGAGUCAGCAGGAAACCCACCCAUGCAGGGCAAGCCUGGAGGCACAGAGGGGAGAAGGGAAGGAGCAAGUCCCACAGCAAGAAUACACACCCUUGCACUUGUGUCACUCGGAGCUGCUUCAGAGGAGAAUGGGGGGAUGGGGGAGAAAAAACCCACACCUCUUUUUAUAUAAGGUUUCAUAUUUAAUUUGGUCAUGAGUUCAUAAAUACAUGAGUAUUUUGUACCUAA